UUUGAUUUUGGGGGGGAGGAAACACAAGUGUGAGAAAACGAGUAUUUAAUGCCGCUUUGCCCCACAUAACGUCAUAGGUCCAAGUUCACAGGGACUCGGAAGAUCCCGAGCCGUACGUACGUAGUGGACCAUGACUCUGACCAUUCCUUUGCCGUACCGACUAUUUUUCCUGUACAUCGAGCCUAUCUCUGCUAUUUCAGGGUGCAUUGCCGCCCUAAAUCCUUCUUUCUACUUGGGUGAGCUGACUCUCGCCAGCUCAUUCAAGCCCGACGCGGUCAGGAACACCCAAACCGAUAUAGCCCUGUACCAACUCGCCAACUUGUACCUAUUAUUCGCUCUAAACGAGCACCUCGUACUAUCCUCCACAUCUUCUCUGAAGACAUGGCGCAUCCUUCUCCUCUGUCUGCUCAUUGCAGACUUGGGCCAUCUAGCAACGAUGGCGCCUCUGGGACGAGAUGCAUUUUGGAAAGUGUGGGAGUGGAACGCGAUGCUUUGGGGAAGCAUUGGAUUCGUCUAUCUCGGCGCCAGCAUGAGGCUGUCUUUCCUUCUUGGUCUGGGUUUUGGCGGAGGAACUAAGAGUUGAUUCAGAUCCUCGCCAUCAAAAAAAGCUUUGAAAGGGCUUUAUCAUAUCGUUAUCUAUCGCAACAUUGUAAAGUUGACAAUUAGCGUAUUUACUGAAUGGAAGCGCCGAAUGAAAGGGAAUGCUGUUGUACUAGCAACGACUCUAGUUAGCGCAGUUGCUAUUCAGUACAGUUUUACCUGUCGGUUUCUCAUGUC